CAGCACGGAUUCCACCGAUGUACACAUUCCAUGGCAGUAGUGUCAUUAGCUCUGCAGUGGUGUGUAUAAUGUUUCUGUGCCCCACCCAGUUAUUGUACACACUCACUGGGAGUGUAUAGUGACGUAGUGGACUGCAGCCUAUAAAGCAUUGCACCACGUACAGCCCACACAACUGUCAAAGUCUCUACUGCCACCGUGACAAGUUUGCUUCAAGUGGUAAUAUCAGGAGAGAGAGAGAGAGAGAGAUGGCAAGUGUUCUGGGGUUUGACUUGCAAUACCAUGGGAAGAAUGUAAUGGUGACCGGAGGAGGCAAGUCAGCUGCUAAGAUCAAAAAGGGUCAGAAGGAGGCGGUGCUGGUGUCCAGCAGAGCGAUCUACAACAACGAGCUGUUUGAGGUGGAGCUGGGCAACGAGGCGGAGAGCACCUUCAGCGGAGGAGGCGGAGGGAGUGUGCGGAGGAAGAAGACAACCCCGGGAGCAAUCAGGAUCGGAGUCACCGGACACAGGCCGGCAGAUCUGUGGCACAACUUCCCGUUGACGAUGAAGAAGAUGAACAGCGUCACCUGGAUGAUGUCCGGCCAAGACUAUCUAGAGAACGGAGAGGUCGUCACGACGUUCACCAAACACAACCUCAAGGAGCUUCAGUUUGGUGACAAAGUUGGAGUGAUGCGUUGCCCGGAGUUCGAGGGGUCGCUGGUGUUCUACAUCAACCAGGAGGUCAUCGGGAUCAUGGCCACCUCCGUACCCGACAAGGUCUUCGCCUUCGUUGAGAUGCACGACAACUGCGAGAAGAUUACAAUCACUCCAGUCCACAGCGUGUCUCAGGAGAACCUACCAGUGGAGAUCAGGGAGGUCAGAGAGAAAGAGUCGGAAAUGCGUCGACACAAGAAGACCAUCCAGGAGAAAGAGGAAGUAAUUCAAGUCCUUGAGAAGAGAAUCGACGAACUCAACACCCAGAUCAACACCAUGCAGGCCACGUCGAAACCGGGCAAGGGUAAGUCCUCGGCAUCUCCUCCGGCCCAGGUCAACGGACAGAGUGAACCAGCAGGACAGGGGGUCGAAAGCACAGACGAUGGAGGCCCGGCGGCAACUGACUCUGCCCCCUCCUCCCGCCCCCGUCGAAGUGGCUCGAAAUGCACAAUCAUGUGACAGCUGGUAUUAUCUAUCUCACUAGACCGGACACUCGCCAUUACACACUUUUAUUCACUCACACACGACUUUCAACACCCACGGAAAAGUUUCGAGAUUAUUUGUUUCCGUACAAAACUGCAAAUUUUUUUAAGCCUACUGAUAAAAUUUGGCAGUACUAGAAUAGUAUGUCUAAUUUUUAUAUCAUGUCUUGUCAAAAAUUUUAUAUCUGCGCAUCCCUCCACCCAUUUUUUUGUCACUGCUUGAGAAUGUUUGAUGUAUACUACAUUAUAUAUUUGAUAACUGACCUUGUUUUCUUUUUUAUCAUAUCAGCACCGACCAUCUCGACUGGAGUCACAAGGCUGUUACGUGAUAUUACAAACAUAUCCUCCUCUCCUUUCCCUCCCCCUCCUCCUCCUCCUCCUCCCCUCUCUGUCGUCUCUGCACUAGUCUCUGCAUAU